CCUACCCCGAGCAGAGGCAAAGGAGAGGAGAGGAGACCCGCCGCCGCUGCCUAUUCCUCCGGCGAUCCCAUCCCAUUGAUCCGUAGCCUUCCGCCUCCGCCACCACCACAAGCUCCGAUCCACAGCGCACCUCGAGCCCUACCUCCGAUGGGCGUGACCACGCGGCUGCCGGCCCCUCCAGGGGGCGGCCUCCAGCGCCGCGCGCCGCGGGGCAUCCUCCCGGCCUCGCUCCCCGUGGAGCGCCCGGCGCGGCGCCGCCUCGCGCCCGGCGUCCGCGCCGCCUCCGGGAUCCCUGGACCCGGCGGAUCGCCCGUCCCUAGGCGGACGACGCCUGCGCCGGCCGACGCGGCCGCCGCGGCGCCGCCCUCCGCCGCGGCGUCGUCUGCCUCCUCGGCCAUCGAUUUCCUCACCCUCUGCCAUCGCCUUAAGACCACUAAAAGGAAAGGCUGGAUAAACCAUAGCAUAAAGGGUCCUGAGUCUAUUGCUGAUCACAUGUACCGUAUGGCCCUUAUGGCUUUGAUUGCCGGUGACCUACCUGCUGUAGAUCGAGAAAGAUGCAUCAAAAUUGCUAUCGUGCAUGACAUUGCUGAAGCUAUUGUUGGUGACAUUACUCCAUCCGACGGUAUACCUAAAGCGGAAAAAAGCCGCCGUGAACAAAAGGCUCUAAAUGAAAUGUGUGAAGUUCUCGGUGGAGGACCAAUAGCUGAUGAGAUCAAGGAGCUCUGGGAAGAAUAUGAAAAUAAUUCAUCCAUUGAAGCCAACCUUGUAAAGGAUUUUGAUAAAGUGGAAAUGAUACUUCAAGCACUAGAAUAUGAGAAAGAGCAUGGCAAAGUGUUAGAUGAGUUCUUCCUCUCUACCGCUGGCAAGUUCCAGACAGAGAUUGGCAAGAGCUGGGCUGCUGAAGUGAAUGCGAGGAGAGAACAGAGAUGCGGAAAACAGAAGUAGAAGUGGCUAGCUCUACGUUUGAUUGCUUUAGCCUUGCUGAAAUGUGCUGUCAUGACGGGGUGAUCUGACGAGUUGCAAGGUCCAGAGUCAACUUCAAUAUAAACUUGACUUGUUGGAGACUUGGUAGGAAAUAGUGUUGUCCAAAACUCAGGAUCUGAGCCCGUCCAGAGUUCUUGGGCUGCGCUCAGGCUCGCAGUACGUACUGAGCAAUUGCUAUAUACUCCUAAUAGUUAGGGAUCUAAGGAGACAUGCGUUUUCAUGAACUCAGGUAAUAAUAAAAUAAUAGUAACAUUUUCUGUUUUACGUUUUACAUUUGA